AUGCCAGGCGUCCCCUCAGGCCGAGGGUGUGAUGGUUGUCGCAAGCAAAAGAAAAAGUGCGACCAGAUAAAGCCCACAUGCUCGCGGUGCAGACGCCUCCAACUCACCUGCAUCGGCUCCGGGGAGCGCCGUUUCAAAUUCCACCAGCAGAUGGUCAUUUUAGGAUCUACACGACCCAAGACGGUCCAGCGGCCUGUUACUACGGUCAGCGAGAUCCCACGGAGUCCCAGCAGCAGCGUGACGACGACGGCAGCCAGUGCGUUCGUCUCCGUGCUGGAGGUAACGGACCUGCGGUUUGACCUAACCUAUUUUGGGACUUUUCUUAGAGAUAUUCCGAGUCGGCUAGGUUCGAAUAGUGCCUUGGAUGCUUCUGUAAAGGCUGUCACGAUUGCUCAUCGGUCGAUCCACACGCGGCGGCAGUCGUGGGAGUUGUACGAUGCAUAUGUUGAUGCGCUGAAAACGCUAAGGAUCUGCUUAAAUGAACACGAUAAGUCCCAGACGCCAAAUACACUAUGUGCCAUCUACCUCAUAAUGAUAUGCCAAGGCUGGAUCGGCCAACGCGACGACCAGUUCAUGGGCCACGGCGAAGCCGUCACCCACCUGCUCAACGAAGCCGCCUUCGAAGACUGGCGCGGCACUUUCGAGAAAGAAAUGCUCCUCGCGCUCUGCGUCGUCCUGAUCGCCGAAAGCUUUGACAACCCCCGAAUCCGUCUCGACACCCUCCUAUGGACCCUCACAAUGGCCUACGGGCCCCCACGGCCCAACGAAAACAUCAGUCUCUACAAGCUAGCCAAGAUCCCAACCUACCUCCGGGACCCCCUUACCCACUUUCUCGAAAUGAAGACGUUGUACCGCGACAUCCUCAUUGAUUUGCCUAAGUUACAUAGCGCACAGACGAGGCUCGCUGCGCUGCCGGGGAAGUUUCACGCGCAAGCGCAAGCGCUCUACGGGACCAUUGCGGCCUUAACAGUAAUCUUGAACGCUGCACUGCGCGCGUUUGAUCCCUAUGAUGUAGCGCUAGGCGAAGACGCGGCCAUGUUCCACAGGGACAUUUUGUUGCUCGCGGAAGAAGCAAACCCGUAUAGACCUUUGGCAGCUGGGUAUAUGCCACUAUGCCUCGUCUCGUUGUGGGGGGCCUCGACGGACGCGGUAGAUAGGGUUGUGGUGGAGCAAUUGCUCGCGGACUACCAAACGGACUUUGAGGAUGCGCGGUGGACGGAUAUGGCGAGGUGGUUGAAGGGGAGAUUGAACCGGAUUCGGAGGAUUGCGGCAAUGGUUGUCCAGCAAAGGGCUCUUGGUGGCUGUUAUGAACCGGUGGAUGCAGAUGGGGCGGAUUUGGGAGAGGCGGUUGGGGGAGGGAGGCAGUGUUGUGUUAUGUGAGUUUCUUGAUAUAAGACGCCUUACAACCUGUCGUAAGCGCUGGAAUGUUUCAAGGCCUUGUUGAUACCCCCACUCAUCGUGUGUUGUACAGUACUUUAGACUUCGUCAUUUUACUAUUGC